AUGAGGCUUACACAAUCCCUUGCAGCCCUUGCGGCAUGCGCCCAACUUGGACACGCCUUGGACCUGGACGUCUCGUCACCAGACUCUAUUCGCAAUGCAGCAUUUACACUCGCACAUGGUCUUAUGAAUUACUAUCAAAACAACAAGACCGAUACACCGAAGGAAUCGAUAGGCACACUUCCUUAUCCCUUGUACUGGUGGGAAGCUGGAGCCGUGUGGGGCAGUCUCAUCGACUACUGGGCAUACACAAAGGACACCAGCUUCAACAAUGUUGUUAUGCAAGCCAUGAUGGCUCAGACCGGUACCGGCAACGACUUCCUACCUGAAGCCUACUACAGCAGCAUGGGCAACGAUGACCAAGCCUUCUGGGCCUUCGCCGCUCUCUCAGCCCUCGAAUAUGGCUUCCCCGACCCUCCGGAGGGCUCGCCGUCUUGGGAAACGCUCGCCGUGAACGCCUUUAACUCGAUGGUUCCUCGUUGGGACACGUCAACAUGCAAUGGUGGACUGAGGUGGCAGGUCUUUUCACAAAACGCUGGAUGGGACUACAAGAAUUCGGUUUCGAACGGAGGUUUCUUCCAAAUGGCUGCUCGCCUAGCACGCUACACUGGCAACACUACUUACGCCGACUGGGCAGAGAAGAUCUAUGACUGGACCACUGCUACCGGCUUGAUCGACGACAGCUACCGCAUCUACGACGGUGCUAGUGCCACCGACAACUGCCAAAACGUCACGCCGCUACAGUGGACCUACAACUCCGGUAUCUUCAUCUAUGGUGCUGCAACCAUGUACAACUACACCAACGCCUCUUCCACCUGGGAGACACGUCUGACUGGCCUCAUCGAGCAAGCGGACCAAUCCUUCUUCCAAGCAUUCGAUAAUGCAACCGGCGUCAUGGUCGAGGGAGCUUGUGAGCCCUACGGCACCUGCAACAAUGACAUGAAAAGUUUCAAGGCUUACAUGGCUCGCUUCCUUGGCAAGGCUAUCACUGUUGCUCCUUAUACUCGCUCUGCUAUCCAACCGCUUCUCACAAGCUCUGCUCAAGGCGCUGCACGAUCGUGUUCAGGCCCGAGUGAUGGUGUCACCUGCGGUCAAAAGUGGUACAUGGACUUUGAUGGAAGUUAUGGCAUCGGACAGGAGCUCUCGGCUCUGGAAGUCACUCAGGCUCUCCUUGUUGAUGAGGCACCUGCUUUGAUGAACCAUGACGAUGUCAAGAUCGAGACUGCUACACCAUCUAGCACUCUCGAGCCUACCGUUAGUGUUGGACCCGCAAGUGUCUCCGGCAUCAGCAGCACCUCCGCCAUGAGCACCGCAUCUGCCACAAGCAGCACAUCAGCAGAGCCUUCGAGCACAGGUGCUGGUGUCAUGAACACGGCCAUGCCUCGCCUGGGAGCUUUGAUCGGUGGUGUCCUUGGAGCAGCAGUCUUGCUGUAG